CACAAAAAAUCCCCAGCCCCCCGCUCUUAACCUUUACUCUUAACCCUUUACCCCCAAUUCUCUAAUUUUCUCAAAUACCCUAUUUCUCUCUCUAGAAAAUAUUUUUCCCUAUUUUGGAAAAAAAAAAAUUGUCUCUCUCUCUCUCUGUGUGUGUGUGUGCCUCUCUCUGGCACACCGCCAUCAUCGUCAUCGGAGAUUAAUCCAAAAUCCAACUUCGUCGCAUUCAUCUUAAAUCGGACGGUUAAUUUCACCCCCUGGCGAAUCGUAGACGCCGCCGAUAUUGCGCGACCCGCCCGAAAAUCCAUACCCGAUACCCGAACCGGAAACUCAAAACGGGUUUUCCAAUUUCGUUGUUUUUCUUCGCCGGCGAUUCAGGCCCCGGCGAGUCUAAGUUAAACAAGAGAGAUUUUCGGAGACAACUGAAGCACUAGGUGGUUACAGCUUUACCUACGUGAAAUUUUCACUUUAUAAUAACGAGAUUGAGAUAAAUAAGCUCCAUUGAGGUUCCAUGUUAAAGGAUGGCUCUUUUUAGGAACUAUAAUAAUGAAACAGUUUCACAGAGUGUCCUAGAAGAAAAAGGCCAGGGACAGGGCAUCAACAGAACUCAUAGCUCGUUAGUGAAUCAGGAUGUAGAUGCAACUUCGAGUGACAAAGAAUUUGAUAUGAAUAUGGAUGUGCAGUAUCAAAGUGAAGGCGAACUGAAUGAUACCAAUAGGCUGCAAAAUGAGGGAGCUGCUGAUGACAAUGUUAAUAUGAGGGCGUCAAAUUUGCAACCUUCUGGAAGGAGAACUGGGAUCGCCGGAAAAUGGGGUUCAACCUUUUGGAAGGACUGCCAACCCAUGACCAGGGGUGGCUCUGAUUCUGGGCAGGAUUCCAAAAGUGGGUCUGACUAUAGAAAUGUAGAGGGGUCAGAAGACAAUUCAAUGGAUGGCAGGGAAGAUAGAUUGGAGUCAGAAGAUGACAAUAGGAAAAAAGAUGUGGGCAAGGGUCAGAGGGGCCAUUCUGAUGUCCCUGCAGAUGAGAUGUUAUCUGAUGAAUAUUAUGAGCAGGACGGAGAAGAACAGAGAGACACUAUGCAUUAUAGAGGGUUUCAACAUUCUAUAGGAUUGAAUUCUAGGCCACAAUCAAAGCCUGUUGCUAACAGUAGCCAUGUGAAAAGGAAUCCCAAAGUUUUAAAUGACAAUGAAGAUGGUGAUAAUGACGACAAAGAUGCUGAUGCUGAUGCUGAUGCUGAUUAUGAAGAAGAGGAUGAGGAAGAUGAGGAUGAUCCUGAUGAUGCAGACUUCGAGCCUGAUUCUGGUGUCACGAGUGGUCGCACAGGGAACAAGGAUAAAGCCUGGAAUGGCGAAGAUUCUGACGAAGAUGAUGACAGUGUUGAUGAUGUAGAAGUUUCGGAUGAAGAUUCCUAUUUUACAAAGAAAGCUAAGGGUAGGCAACAAGUUAAAGGAGGACGUAGUGUAGGGUCCACUAGAGAACGCGCAUCAUUUCGUGCAUCUAGUCGACAAAGAAGAGUGAAAUCAUCAUUUGAAGAGGAUGAGUCUUCAGCAGAGGAUUCCGACAGUGACAGUGAAGAGGAUUUUAAAAGCAUGACCAGAAGAGGUGUAAAUCUCCGCAAAAAUGGUGGUCGGUCCACUGUGUCAACAAAUGCAUCUGGACGACACAGCGAGGUCCGCACUUCUAGUAGGUCAGUUCGAAAGGUGUCAUAUGUUGAAAGUGAUGGAAGUGAAGAAGUUGAUGAAGGCAAGAAGAAAAAGCUCCACAAGGAGGAGAUUGAAGCGGAAGACGGUGACUCCAUUGAGAAGGUACUGUGGCAUCAGCCAAAGGGCAUGGCGGAAGAUGCUAUAAGGAAUAAUAGAUCUACAGAACCUGUUCUGUUUAGCCACUUGUAUGAUGCCGAGCCAGAUUGGAAUGAGAUGGAAUUCUUGAUAAAAUGGAAAGGCCAAUCACAUUUGCACUGCCAGUGGAAGUCAAUCUCUGAGCUGCAAAAUCUUAGUGGUUUUAAGAAGGUUGUAAAUUACACGAAAAAAGUGAUGGAGGAUGUUAGGUUCAGGAAGGCGGUCUCACGUGAGGAGAUUGAGGUAAAUGACGUGAGCAAGGAGAUGGACUUAGAUCUCAUUAAGCAAAACAGUCAGGUGGAGAGAAUAUUUGCAGACCGAAUCAAUAAAGAUAGUUCUGGCAAUGUGGUACCAGAGUAUUUAGUCAAGUGGCAAGGGCUAUCUUACGCUGAAGCAACAUGGGAGAAGGAUGUAGAUAUCACGUUUGCUCAAGAUGCCAUUGAUGAAUACAAGGCUCGUGAAGCUACAAUGGCCGUCCAAGGAAAAAUGGUGGAUUUCCAACGUAAGAAGAGCAAAGCAAGCUUAAGGAAGCUUGAUGAACAGCCUGAAUGGUUGAAAGGAGGAAAGCUUCGUGAUUAUCAGCUGGAGGGUUUGAAUUUUCUUGUUAACAGUUGGAGGAAUGAUACAAAUGUCAUCUUAGCUGAUGAAAUGGGUCUUGGGAAAACUGUUCAGUCAGUUUCUAUGCUUGGCUUUUUACAGAAUGCCCAACAAAUCCAUGGGCCUUUUCUUGUUGUUGUACCAUUAUCCACUUUGUCAAACUGGGCAAAAGAAUUUAGGAAGUGGCUUCCUGAUAUGAAUGUUAUUAUAUAUGUUGGCACCCGGGCAAGCAGAGAGGUUUGUGAGCAAUAUGAAAUUUUCAAUGAUAAAAAAGCUGGCAGGCCUUUAAAAUUUAAUACACUACUGACUACAUAUGAAGUAGUUCUGAAGGAUAAGGCUGUUCUCUCCAAGAUCAAGUGGAAUUACCUGAUGGUUGAUGAAGCUCAUAGGUUGAAGAAUAGCGAGGCACAGUUAUACACAACUCUUUCGGAAUUUAGCACCAAGAACAAGUUGCUUAUUACUGGCACUCCUUUACAAAAUAGUGUGGAAGAGCUAUGGGCUCUGCUUCACUUCCUUGACCCUGAGAAGUUCAAGAGUAAGGAUGAUUUUGUUCAGAAUUACAAGAAUCUCAGCUCAUUCAAUGAGAUUGAGCUUGCUAAUCUUCAUAUGGAGUUGAGGCCUCAUAUUCUCCGAAGAGUUAUAAAAGAUGUAGAGAAGUCUUUGCCUCCAAAAAUUGAGCGUAUUCUACGGGUUGAAAUGUCCCCUCUUCAGAAGCAGUACUACAAGUGGAUUUUGGAACGCAAUUUUCAUGACUUGAACAAAGGAGUCCGUGGGAAUCAGGUUUCACUUUUAAAUAUUGUGGUAGAGUUGAAGAAAUGUUGCAAUCAUCCCUUCCUGUUUGAAAGUGCGGACCAUGGUUAUGGUGGGGACUCGAGGACAAAUGAUAGCAGUAAAGUGGAGAGAAUUGUUUUAAGUAGCGGGAAGCUAGUCAUACUUGAUAAGCUUCUUGUUAGAUUACAUGAGACAAAGCAUCGUGUUCUGAUUUUUUCCCAGAUGGUUAGAAUGCUGGAUAUACUAGCAGAGUAUAUGUCACUUAGAGGGUUUCAGUUUCAGAGGCUUGAUGGUAGUACAAAGGCUGAGUUGCGCCAGCAGGCUAUGGAACAUUUUAAUGCUCCUGGUAGUGAGGAUUUCUGCUUCCUUCUUUCAACUAGGGCAGGUGGCCUUGGUAUCAACCUUGCAACAGCUGACACAGUUAUAAUAUUUGAUUCAGAUUGGAAUCCCCAAAAUGACUUACAGGCAAUGAGUAGAGCUCAUAGAAUUGGACAACAAGACGUUGUUAACAUCUAUAGAUUUGUUACAAGCAAAAGUGUUGAGGAAGAUAUCCUGGAGCGAGCCAAGAAAAAAAUGGUUCUUGACCAUUUGGUGAUCCAAAAAUUAAAUGCAGAGGGCAGAUUGGAGAAGAAAGAAGCAAAGAAAGGGAGUUACUUUGACAAAAAUGAGCUGUCAGCUAUCUUAAGAUUUGGAGCAGAGGAACUUUUUAAGGAAGACAAGAAUGAUGAAGAAAGCAAGAAAAGACUCUUAAGUAUGGAUAUUGAUGAAAUUCUUGAAAGAGCGGAGAAGGUUGAAGAGAAGGAACCUGGUGGAGAGCAAGGGAAUGAAUUGUUGAGUGCUUUUAAGGUCGCCAAUUUUUGUGCUGAAGAUGAUGGGAGCUUUUGGAGUCGUUGGAUAAAACCAGACGCGGUAGCCCAUGCUGAAGAAGCUCUAGUUCCGCGUGCUGCAAGAAAUACUAAAAGCUAUGCGGAGGCUAAUCAACCUGAGAUGAGUAAUAAAAGGAAAAAGAAAGGACCUGAGCCUCAGGAGCGAGUGCAGAAACGCCGCAAAGCUGAUCAUUCAGUCCCGGCAGCACCAAUGAUUGAGGGAGCUACUUGUCAAGUGAGAAGAUGGUCUUACGGGAAUUUGUCUAAGAGAGAUGCGUUACGUUUUUCUCGUGCGGUCAUGAAAUUUGGGAACCAGAGCCAAAUCAGCUUAAUAGCUGUGGAGGUUGGGGGUGCAGUUGGAGCAGCUCCGCCUGAAGCACAGAUUGAACUCUUCGAUGCUUUGAUUGAUGGGUGUAGAGAAGCAGUUGAAGCAGGAAAUCUAGACCCAAAGGGGCCUUUGUUGGAUUUCUUUGGUGUUCCUGUAAAGGCUAAUGAUCUUCUCACCCGUGUUCAAGAGCUUCAACUCCUAGCGAAGCGCAUUAGUCGCUAUGAUGACCCCAUUGCACAAUUCCGAGUGCUGAUGUACCUCAAACCUUCAACAUGGUCCAAAGGGUGUGGCUGGAAUCAGAUUGAUGAUGCAAGAUUGCUUCUGGGAAUACACUACCAUGGUUUUGGCAAUUGGGAAAAGAUAAGGUUGGAUGAAAGGCUUGGCCUUGUGAAGAAGAUUGCUCCAGUGGAACUUCAACACCAUGAAACCUUUCUACCGCGUGCUCCAAAUUUGAGAGACCGUGCUAAUGCACUCCUGGAAAUGGAACUUGCAGCUCUUGGAAAGAGAGCAAAUGCUAAAGUGAGUCGUAAGGCUUCCAAGAAGGAGAGGGACAAUCUUCUGAACAUCUCAGUUUCUCGUGGCCGGGAUAAGAAAGGAAAGGCUGGAUCUCAGAAAGUCAAUGUUCAAAUGAACAAAGAGAGACGUCAGAAACCCACGAAAGUUGAACCUUUGGUAAAAGAGGAGGGUGAAAUGUCGGACAAUGAAGAAGUGUAUGAGCAGUUCAAGGAAGUGAAAUGGAUGGAAUGGUGUGAAGAUGUCAUGAUUGACGAGGUGAAAACCCUGGAACGUCUUCAGAGGUUGCAGACCACUAGUGCCAAUCUUCCAAAGGAAAAGGUGCUUAUGAAAAUUCGGAGUUACUUGCAGCUUCUAGGACGAAGGAUAGACCAAAUUGUUUUAGAACAUGAGGAGGAGCCGUAUAAACAAGAUAGGAUGACCAUGCGACUUUGGAACUAUGUCUCUACCUUUUCAAAUCUCUCCGGGGAGAGACUUCAUCAAAUUUAUUCAAAACUUAAACAAGAGCAAGAAGAGGAGGCAGGGGUCGGCCCCUCCCAUCUCAAUGGCUCUGCACCUGGUCCAAUUGGCCGAGACGGUGACCCCAAUUAUUUUCCUCCUUUCCCUCGGCAUGUUGAGAGGCAAAGAGGGUACAGUAAUAUGAGUACCUACCAAACAUCAGAACCAGUUCAAAAGGGGCAUGAUACAGCGAAAUUCGAAGCAUGGAAACGAAGGAGAAGAGCAGAAACUGAUAAUCAUUUCCAGGUUCAGCCCACAUCUGUAAGAUCUAUGAGUAAUGGUGCUCCUCGGUUAUCUGAUCCAAAUUCAUUGGGCAUUCUUGGGGCUGGACCAUCUGAAAACAGACGCUUUGCUGGUGAGAAGCCUUUUAGGACGCGUCAGACCGGCUUCCCUCCGAGACAAGGUUUCUCAUCAGGCAUUAAGUAGUCUUCAUGUUAUUUGGAGGAGAGCAGAUGAUUUGAGAAUUAGGGCUAUUGGCUCGCUGGGUGAAAACUGCUUCAGCCAUUAUAUAUAUCCUCUGGAGUUCUUUCCACCCAUAGGAAUAAGUGGGUCUCCGAUUCCUAUUUGGUGUCCUGCGGCUGAUCUCGAAAAGUAUUCACUGAAUGGGAUUGCAUCCUUCAACAAAGGUUGCCGAGAAACAGAGCAAAAAAUCCUCUGUUAUGUGCAAGGUUCAUGGAAAGUCUUGCUGCCAAUUCUUUUCUUCUUUUGAAGAUGAGUUGAGUAAUUUGUUUUCGUAAAUAGUGAAAAAUCAAAAAAGGAUUAAUCUCAUUCCAUAUAUACACACGAGAGGAACUUCCUAUAUGUAAUAUGCCUUUGAAAAGUGUACAUUAUCAAAUUUUCCAUAAAAAAAUUUUGGGCUUUUUCUUCUCGCAA